AUGCUUACGUUGGCCAGUAAGUUGAAGAAGGAUGAUGGGGGAAAAAUGGGCCGUGCCUCUGGAGUCUCAGAUUCAACCAACAGGGUCUCCAUCAGGGACCGCCUCCUUACCAAAGAAGUCGCAGAUCUUGAAGCCAAUCUCCCCUGUACAUGCAAAGCCAGUUUCCCAGAUGAAAAUAAGCUGCAUCAUUUUCAACUGGCAGUUUCUCCUGAUGAGGGCUACUACCAAAGCGGAAGGUUUCAGUUUGAAAUAGAUGUCCCAGAAGCCUAUAACAUGGUGCCUCCUAAAGUCAGGUGUCUGACAAGAAUAUGGCAUCCAAACAUCACAGAGAAUGGAGAGAUCUGUUUGAGCUUAUUACGCGAACAUUCUAUUGAUGGCACAGGGUGGGCCCCGACUAGAACAUUAAAGGAUGUGGUCUGGGGAUUGAACUCCUUGUUUACAGACCUGCUCAACUUUGAUGACCCUCUGAAUAUCGAUGCUGCAGAACACCAUCUCAGAGACAAGGUAAGGUGCAUUGAGAAAUAA